AUUUUACAUAUUUUCUCAAAAGUUUAUAAAUACAGGUCGCUAGUCAAAUGGAACAUCAGUUUCGAUGUACGCGAUCCCAGUAUAUAAAUUAGUGCUUUGUCGUAAUAUUUAAUUUCAGGUAUAAGUAUUCCUAAAAUCCUUUCGAGAUGCCUGGAGGAGGAUGCGGUUGUCCUUGCGCCAACUGCAAACCUUUAAGGACAAGUCGCAAAUCGAGUAGAAGAAGUUCGGCGACCGAUAGUUAUAGACCAAGAAAGAAUUCAAAUAAUGUUCCACCUUCAAUGAGGCGAAGAAGGAGUACAGCGGCAUGCUGUCAAGAAUCUUCUGAUACUUCUUCAUCGUGGGAUGAAUCUUCUGAGUCAGAUAGCUGUAGUUGUAGUGAUUGUUUCGAUUCAGAAAGUUCUCUAAGUGACGACUGUAGCUCUUCAAAGGUUUCAAAAGGUUGUUGCUAUUCAAAACCACCAGGACGUUGCGGAUGUUGAUCGGUUCAUUGUAGGGCUUAUAAAAAAAUAUUCUUUGAAAAAAAUAUAUUUGCUAAUGUUUAAUUAUCUAUUAAAAUUAAUAAAGUGUUUGUUAUUUGUGCUGGUUACCAUGAAUAUAAUUUUGUUAAUUUAUAAUUUUUUGUUUAGUAGUGCUAUAUUUUUAAUUAAGUAACAAAAUUUUUUGUAAUUUAUUUGUAUUUUGUUAUUAAGAACUUUAGGUUUAUAAGAAGUAUCUGUAUUAAUAAUUACGUUUAUUUAGAGUAGUAGUAGGUAAUAAUUUAAAUAAAAAUGAUAAGAUGUUUCGAUGUA